AUGGCAGAGAAUACCAUGAAGGUUGAUAUCAUUGGAAGAGAAAUCAUAAAACCAUCUUCUCCAACUCCUUCUCACCUUAAAACCUUUAAGCUCUCUUUUCUCGAUCAAAUUGUCCCUGCAGUUUACACCUCUUUGGUUCUUUUCUACCCUAAUAUUAAUGUCCUCACGCCCGACCAAACAUCCAACCACCUUAAGAAAUCUCUGUCUGAAGCCUUAACUCUUUUCUACCCGCUUGCCGGGAGAGUCAAGGACAACACCGUCAUCGAAUGCCACGACGACGGAGCUCAGUAUGUCGAAGCGAAAUUCAAUUGCCUCCUCUCCAUCUUUCUAGAUCAGCAACACAAAGACGAGGCACUCAUAAGGCGCUUCCUUCCUGCCGCGAUGGAAUCGCCAGAAGCAGGCACAUGGCCAUUAUUAAUUGUUCAAGCCACUUUCUUCGACUGCGGAGGAGUGGCAGUAGGCGUGUGUGUGUCGCAUAAGUUGGCCGACGCAGCCACGCUGAGCGUAUUCUUGAAGACGUGGGCUAACACUGCAGUUCCGGAUUUUGAAGCGGCUUCCUACUACCUUCCCAGAGAUACCUUCUCGUUCGCGCCUCCUGCUGCGCUGGAGCUGAAAAGGGUGGAAGGCGUUUCGAAGAGAUGCGUGUUUGAUAAAUCAACGAUCGCGGCUCUAAAGGCCAAGUUAGUGAGUGACAGCGUCAAACAACCUACUAAGGUUGAAGUAGUGACAGCCCUCCUUUGGAGAUGCCUCAUGGCAGCUUCAUCAUCCGCCCAGGUGACGCCAAGGUAUUCUCUCGUGACACAAAGUGUGGACAUGCGCAAAAGAGUUGAGCCGCCAUUUUCGCAGAACUCCGCGGGAAACCUCGUGAGUUACUUUGCAUUGCAGGUAGAGAAUAACAUUUACGAGGGUAGUACUGAGCCAUUGGAGUGUCAGCUGCAGGGUUUGGUGGCUAAACUGAGGCAAGGAAUUAAAGACUUCACCGAAAGGAAAGCGAAGAGGUUCCGCGGGGACGAAGGACUCCAAGCUGUUGUUGAGCAUUUUAUGGAAGGAAGGAAGUUAGUUACAAGAGAUGAUGUAUGCUACUUUUUUUGUACCAGUUGGUGCAACUUUCAAUUCUACGAGGUUGACGUUGGUUUUGGAAAGCCUGUUUAUGUGACUGUCCCGAGUAACACGUACGAGAACAUGAUUCUGUUCAUGGACACCAGAGAUGGUGAUGGAGUGGAAGUUAUUUUCACUUUGAGUAAAGAAAAUGUGGCCUUAUUUGAGAAUCAACUAGAGAUUCUUUCAUUGGCUUCAUCAAAUUAA